AUGAGAUUCUUGAGAGAGCAAUUCAGAAAGGAAGUCACUUGGAAUAAAACCUACGAUGAUCCUGGAAAGUUAGACUCGCAAUCGUCCCCAUCCGAAAAUCACAACAUUGAUGACUAUCCACAGGACACAGAGAAGAGCUAUGAAAUCGUUACCGAGGGUAUUGUUGCGGAAGAUAGUGCUAAAGCUUCAAAUGGAGAGAAAAAGGGGUUUUUCGCUCAAUUACCCAUUCUAUGGCCAAUUUUUACCUGUGGUGCCGGUUUGUUCAGUGACGGUUACAUCAAUUCUUCAAUCGGUGCCGUUUCAACUUGCUUGGCCCAAAUCUACGGCAAGCAAUACUCUAACUCUAGCGCCAUUCAAAAUGUUUCUUCAAUUGCGUUUGCUGGUAUCGUUUUAGGCCAAUUAUCUUUUGGUUACCUUGCAGAUCAUUAUUCUCGUAAGUUAGCCAUGUUACUCGGAAACUUGAUUUUGAUCGUGUUUUCCAUAUUAGUAGCCGGUGCCUGGGGUGCAGGAACCACAUCUACCAAAGCAGGUGGCCUUUUCACUGCUAUUACCGCUUAUAGAUUCUUUCUUGGUAUUGGUAUUGGAUCCGAAUACCCUUCGGGAUCAACUGCUGCCGCCGAAGCCUGUGCCUUAUUGCCUGCAAAGAAAAGAAACCGUUGGUUUAUCUGGUUUACCAACUUGAUGCUCAACUGGGGUGGGCUCUUCGCUGCGAUUGUCCCAUUGGUUCUAGUUUGCAUUUUUGGUGAACAUAGGUUGCAGUGGGUUUGGAGACUAACUUUGGGUCUGGGUGCUAUCCCACCAUUGUCUCUAUUCAUUCUAAGAUUGAAAUUCAAAGAAAGUAAAAGCUUUACCACAUCUAGAUUCAACAAGGUGAUGCCUUACAAGCUUGUGUUUAAGUUUUACUGGUUCCGUACCACUAUAAUUUCCAUCAUCUGGUUCCUAUUCAACUUCUCAUCUUACGCUUUCGGUAUUUACUCUUCGUUGAUCAUCAAAAAUCUUUUGGGCAAGAACAAACCCGGUGCCAAAGCGUCUUUGAAAGAAUCAUUCUCGUGGAAUGUUUUGUUCACAUUCUUCUACAUCCCUGGUGGUUACCUUGGUGCCGUUUUCGCAGAUUAUAUUGGUCCUCGUCUCACUAUCGGUCUUGGUUUGCUUGCCCAAGCUUUUGUCGGAAUUGGUAUGACAUGCGGGUUUGUUACGUUAGAGAAGCAUAUUGCAGCUUUCACUGUUAUCUUCGGUAUCUUUACCUCCUUGGGUGAUUUCUCCACCGGUGAUAAUAUUGGCCUAAUUGCUGCCAAGAGUUACGCUACACCAGUCAGAGGAACUUUAUACUCCAUAUCUGCCGCAUCAGGUAAAAUAGGUGCUUUCGUGGGUACAUACGUGUUUCCUCAGAUUAUAAAGAACGCAGGUGGAUCCAACACCACCAAUGGUAUGAGGGCACCAUUCUGGGUAGCUACUGCUUUGUGCAUGUUCUCUGGGUUCCUAGCUCUAUUAUUCUUACCCGAACUAGACCCUGAUGCCAUCGUUGAAGAAGAUAGAAAGUUCCAUGAAUACUUGGAAAGUUCCGGUUACGACAUGUCCACGUUGGGUGUGAGAGCCGAAGAUUCAGAAGAUGUCGAGGAGUCCGUUGAAGUUCUAAACACACAAUCUUCAGGUAAGAUCUAG